ACCUUUUUUUUUUAAUGGGGUUUUUGUUUGUACAAGUUUUACAAGAAAUGUUUUUGUGUGAAGAAGUAACGAUAAAACAAUUCCCUGAAAAUGAAUAAAUGUUGUUUGAACUUGUCAACAAAAACCAAAAAAAAAACAAACACACAGAUACAUACAUAUGCAAACACAUAGGCAGUCAGGAAGAGUUUAUAGUUUUUAGUGUUGAAGUUAUGAACGAGCAAACUUUAGAGUGAAGCGUUGCAUUUCAACUGUGAAAUGUGUACGAAACAGAACAAUUUGUACGGCAUUGUGUGUUUGCUUUGCAUUGUGUUAUGUAGAUGCACGCUGUUUAUACAAUGUCGAUGCAUUUGAGCAUGUAUGUGCAUGUAUGGAAUCUUAUUAACAAUGUGAUCUUAAGCGCAUAAUAUUACACUUCUCGUUGCAAACAACAACGUGCCAGUGAAUAAAUAAAUGACUGACUAAAUAUCUGUUUACAGUUUUACGUUUGUUUACUCAUAAAGAGACACAUACACAAGCAUAUACACGAAAACAUACACAUUCGAGUGCACAUAAUAAUAAUAAUAGAAGUGCAUGAACAUUUACAUGCAUUUUAAGUAUUCGGUAUACGUUUCAGAAAUGUAUGAAAUUUAAAGUUCUUUGUAUUGUAGCCCUUAUCUACUAGAGAUGGCUAAUGAACGUUUUCAUAAAGCGGCCAAAGAUGGACUGUUAGAAGUUUUAAAAGAGGCUACACGCAAAGAUGCCAAUGCCAAGGAUGGUGACUCUAUGACACCGGUAUUGUGGGCGGCUUUCGAAGGUCAUCUAGAUGCUUUGCGCCUUUUAUGCGGUAGAGGUGGUGAUCCCGAUAAAUGCGAUCAAUUUGGUAACACAGCCUUGCAUUUAGCUUCGGCCAAAGGACAUUUGAGAUGUGUCGACUUUUUAGUGAAAUUCGGUGUUAACAUUUACGCUUUGGACAUCGAUAAACACAGUCCCAAGGACUUGGCUGCUAUUAAUAAUCGCGAUGAAAUUUUACGAUAUUUGGAUAAUGCUACGGUUAACUUUGAAGCCAACGAUAAAAAAAAAGCUAAAGCCUUAAAAGAAGCGGCCGAAAAGAAUUGCGAGAAACGCAUGAAGGAAUAUAUGAAACGUCAGCAAAAGUUAGAUCAUGAUUGCGGUGAUAUGAAAAGUACUUUACCUACGAAUGCUAAAUCUGGCAAAAUGCUUUCGACUUUAAAGCAAAAAAUCUGGUCCAGUCAAGGUAAUCUGCAUAAAUUUCCAAAGGAUGCCGAUCAAAGUAGCAUUUGUAGUAAGGCCACGCUUAAGUUUAGUGAUCUAAUUAAUGGGGAACCCACCAAUGCUACUACCGGCUCCGUGGCCAGUAGAGCUAGUAAUAAUGCUCAACAACAACAGUUCAAAGCAUGUAAUCAUGAUUUCAGUUUUAAAAUAGGCGAAGUAGAACCAAAUGGGGGUAGACGCACUGUCACCUCGUUAAAUGGCGUACAAAGGGAUUCAGAAGUUUUAUAUGUGGGUAGCUUUACUGCUAAUGAAGAUACUUUGGGUAAACGUGGGAAAGUUAAUGGUCUUUUUGAAGAUGAGCCCCAGGAUGGGAACGGUAGUGACGUUGAAUCUACUUCGAAAAUGAAUUACGGUACUUUGGCGCGUUCACUUUCUCAACCCGAUAUUUUAGGCGACUCUGAGAGCAUGAAUUGCUUGAGCAAUGAUACAACCUUACAAAGAACUCCGGGCCUGUUUGAUCGACCUUUGUUGGGGAGUUUAGCCUUCAGACGUUCUGUAACGGCAGCUCUAAGCCAAUUUCCGCACGAGUCAUAUAACGCAGAUGACAGGGAGUCGAGUACAGCUGCUACCGGUUCAACCCGAUCCAAUUCCGGAACUUUGAAAUCUCGUUCCAGUAAAUCGCGAUCUAUACUUAAUCUUUCUGAUACGGAUUCCGAAUGUAACGAAGGCUACAGUGAUGAUGAUCAGGAUGCAGCUGGAGGACCCAUACAAUGUUUCCUUACCGCUUGGGCCCUAGAAGAAUACCUACCAGUUUUUCAAAAACAACAAAUCGAUUUGGAUACUUUGUUACUAUUAACUGAGUCCGAUUUGAAAUCUCUGGGAUUGCCAUUAGGGCCCUUCCGUAAACUAUCUUUUGCUAUACAGGAACGUAGAAAUGCUCUAACCAAUCCUGGUUUAAUGCAAGAUAGCCAUUUGUAACUAUUAGUAUUACUGGAAAUGAAAGUAUUACUGUACACGGUUUGCUCUUUGCUCUUUCGAAGAGAAUCUUAUACAUCAAUCUUAUAUAUUAUAUUUAACAUUACACAUUAUACUUUACAUUACUUAUU